CUGGCAGCUCAGCUUUACGCACGCGCCACUGGCAAUGCUGACAAAAUUCUGUGGCCGUGAAGCGCAUUUCAAAAAUAGCAGGAGAGCCGGAGAGGGUCCUUGGACUUCACAACACCAGAAUGGUUUUGAAAUUGUGAUUUUUGUUCAAGAAGCGGACAUCGAAACUAAUCAUUCAUUGCCCAAAACGCUAAAGGGAUUUUGUCUAGUGUGAUACAGAGAUGGAUACAACAACGUCGGAACCGGUCAACCUCUCAACAACCAUAUAUUUUCAGGGUUAUAGAAACAAGACGACAGACAAUCGUUUUAAACAGCCGGAUUGGCAAGUGGCAUUGUGGGCAAUUGCUUAUUCACUGAUAGUGAUUGUGUCCGUCACAGGAAACGUCACUGUAAUUUGGAUAAUUUUGGCCCACAAAAGAAUGAGGACAGUGACUAACUAUUUUAUAGUAAAUCUUGCAUUCUCGGACUUUUCAAUGGCUACUUUCAACACUGUCUUCAAUUUUGCAUAUGCUACACACAACGACUGGUACUUCGGGUUGGGAUACUGUAGGUUUCAGAACUUCUAUCCCAUCACAGCAAUAUGCUCAAGCGUUUAUUCUUUGGCAGCUAUUGCGGUUGACCGAUACAUGGCCAUAAUCUACCCUUUGAAACUAAGGCUAUCCUCCACGUCUACCAAGAUUGUGAUUGGUCUCAUCUGGGUGGUGGCAUUCUCCCUGGCAUUCCCCCAGUGUUACUACUCUGUCACCGAGUACUAUCCACAACGGACUAUCUGUGUGGUCAACUGGCCUGAUGACUAUGGUGGGAAACACCAUCUCACAUACCAGAUAGCUUUGAUCAUACUGAUCUACCUGCUCCCCCUGCUGGUGAUGUUGGUCACCUACAGCCUUAUUGGCCAGACACUGUGGGGCAGUGAGAUACCGGGGGAGGCCUCAGAUCACUACCAGAACCCGAUCCAGGCCAAACGCAAGGUGGUGAAGAUGAUGAUAGUGGUGGUGACGACCUUCGCCCUGUGCUGGCUGCCCUACCACAUCUACUUCAUCCUGGUCAGCUUCAACAUUGAGAUCUACAUGCAGACGUAUAUCCAGCAGAUCUACCUGGCCAUCUUCUGGCUGGCCAUGAGCUCCACCAUGUACAACCCCAUCAUCUACUGCUGCCUCAACCAAAGGUUUCGCUCGGGGUUCCGUCACGCUUUCAGCUGGGUCCCUUUCAUCAAGGUGUCGGAGGAGGACAAGAUGGAGCUGCAGCACCCACGGACCUUCAGGAUGACCCGCAGCUAUCGCACUGACAACACCAACAGCACUGUGGUCCGCCUAACAUGAUGACCACACCCCAGUCAAGCUCAAGAAAAGCUGAGGACAUGAUAAAGCUCAUGAGCUCAGCUGCUAGGAGAAGUGAAACAAAUCAUGUUAUUAUUGUGUACAGUCCGUCAGUCAGUCGCCCCAAACACCUUUAUCGUCACACACACCAGAUAGGUACUGUGAAAUGUGUUAUUUUACAGGGUCAGACAUAGAAGUACAGCCCCCCUGGAGCAAAUUGGGGAUAAGUGCCUUGUCAAGGGCAGGUUUCGUUUACUGGCCCAACACUCUAACCACUAGGCUACCUGCUGCCCCAAUGGGAAGGUAGAAUAGGAAAGAGAACUCCCAUGGUAUAAGCACCAAGCCUUAUCUGUUGCAGUAUUAAGGUAGUGUUAUUAUUUGUGUUGUUUUAGCGUAAUAUUGGUUCAUGUUUUUUGUCACCUGACUUUGUAGACCAUAUUGUGAAAUGUGCAAGUGAACCCAGUUUUAAAUAUUCACUGAAAUCUCAAUAACUGAUGAAAGAGACAGAUAAAUUAACACACAUCGUACUUUGUUAAUAGUACAGAAAUUAAUGAUGGGGUAACAUCUGCUGCAAUAUGAUUUGAGGACUGUGAUAUUUUUUUAAACUACACAUAAUAUCCACAACUGACUUCUGAACUAUGAAACCACUAUCUCCUGUGACUGUUCUUGGGGAAAUGAAAGUUCUCCACUAGAAUAUACCGUGUUUGAGUUUAUUUUUACAGAGACAGUGCACAUUAAUAAACGUUUUAGUAAAAGUGCCAAUUUUAGCCGGCUCAUUGUCAACCGUAGUCCCUGGGCAGAUUAUUACUCCAAUAACAGUACAGGCAGACAAUGAGCAGUGAGCACUUGCAGAGCAACAUAGGACAAGCAACACGUAGCAGACAGACAGAGCAACAUAGGACAAGCAAUACGUAGCAGACAGACAGAGCAACAUAGGACAAGCAACACGUAGCAGACAGACGAGCAACAAGGACAAGUAACACAUAGCAGACAGACAGAGCAACAAGGACAAGCAACACAUAGCAGACAGACAGAGCAACACGUAGCAGACAGACAGACAGACACAGAGCAAUAUAGGACAAGCAGCACGUAGCAGACAGACAGACACAGAGCAAUAUAGGACAAGUAACACAUAGCAGACAGACAGACAGACACAGAGCAAUAUAGGACAAGCAACACGUAGCAGACAGACAGACAGAGCAACAGCCCAAAAAGAAACAAAACAAAUGUAAUAAAAGCAACAAAGUGUUUCCACACCUUACAAGCUACAGACAACAGAUAUCAUGGAAAGCUACAGACAACAGAUAUGAAAAGCAGCAAUACACAGCUAGGGAUUAUGUUCACAAGUCGGAUUGUCCUUCAGCCAUGUCUGCAACCUCUUCUACAGCAAUAUAACUGUCACCAAAAUCAAUAUAGCACAGAACUUGAUUUGUUUCGACAACUUUUAAAUAGUUUAUAGAUAACUUGAAUUGGAAACUGUUUGACAGAUUUUGUGGCAAGUAGAUUGAAAGAGUUCUAAGGGACAGAUGUAGUAUCCCAUAGAGCCCAUGUUUGCAGCUAUGGUGUAAAAUGUUGAAAUAAGCUUUUCAACAAAUGUUUGUCAGUGCAAGGUAGUACAAUUGAAAUAGUCUUGGGGAGUAUUCAAUGGCGCAAUGAAGUCAGAGAAAAAAACAUCAAUAAUUGUGUACAACAUGAAAACAGCCAAUCACAAAGCAUGUGAAUAUAAUAAGGAUAAUGUGAUAUUUGGUAACUAUUGCCUCUGUUUGAUGUCACAGUGUGUAUUUAAUUUUAGUUUUGUACCAUAGAGUACUUUUAACGUGUUUUGCGAUGUGCUCAAAAAUGUAAUUUACAUUUAUAUCCCACUACAUGUUUUGCUACUUAUGUCAAAUGAUGUAAGUCUUGUUUUGUGUAGUUGAUAUUGAUAUAGUGUAAUGUAGCAUAGAAAAGUCACCCCACUAAGGAAUUGCUCAAUUUAAAGUAUUGUAAAAUGUUGCGCUGUGCAUUACUAUAAUAUGCUGGUGCUGGCGACUUUAGAAAUUAAUUACGGCUGUUGAUAACAGACGAUUUAAGUGAAAUAACUUUCCACCUUAAGAUGGUAGCAUAAUGCCAGUGUAAUUCAUAAAUUACUUUGAGUGUUAA